AUGGCCGAGUCGACUUCGAAAACUGCGCUCCAAAUUCAGCCAGAAAGGGGUAUUGGCUGGAUCACCCUUGGAUUCUCACUUCAUAGUGUCAUUUCGAGACUCAAAGCAUCUCGACAGACUUACCCUAAACUCGAACUAUCGUACUCUGCGUCGGAACCCAUCACGAAACCUGUCAUCGUAGGCCUUCCUUCCAAUGGACUCCGCCUUCGAUUCGAUGGCCCCGAUCAAAGAUUGCGGCUGAUUGAAGUUCUGGACUUUUCCCUGAGCUCUUUUGUCUACAAGAAUACAGAUCUUGUUCGUCGAACUAAGAGUUCGGAAGAGAGCACCCAAGAUGAAACCUCUCCCAGUGGUCCGACUUUUCGACACGUCUACAGCCGACUGUUUGGACCGACAUACGCGGGAGAAUACAUUCCCCCUGAGACAGGCAUGUCCCAUGGGACCUAUGUUCUUUCCUAUCCGGGCCUCGCCUUCACAUUUCCCGUCAAGCACAAGUCUUGGUCGGACAAGGUGGAUUUCGUUUCCGUAUUGUCUUCCUCCGCCACCGGCCCAGCCAUCUCGAUGGCCAUCUUCUCGGGAUCUUCAUGGACGGACGCGCGCUCUGAUCUGUACACAAGACCUCCCACUUAUCCUCGAUUCCCAUUACUGGUUGGCAAAUCUACCGAGACAGUUCCAGAUGAAAUCGAGGAGGUCAGAGUGUUUGGAGGAGGGAGGCUCGAACUGAUUCGGAGAAACUCCCCGCCGUUGACCAUUAUCCUGAGCGAAACCACGCCUCAAGAUCUCGUGGCCGAAUUGGGACCCCCCGAUGCAAUCUAUCGGAAGCAUGACAGGCGAAUUUCCAUUCAUGCCACAGGUCAUCCUGCCAAUCGACGCCGACCCAGCAUAUCUCCAGGGCUGGACCCUCAGGCUUCAGAUAUUGAUCAAUCAUCCAUUCAAAGCUACACGGAAGAUUCGGAUAUGGAACCCGAGUGUGAUGAAGACCGGACGAAUGAGUCCAGUGAUGAGUGCUUUUACAAUUACUUCCAUCAUGGAUUCGACGUGCUGGUGUCGUCGCCAGCUACCAGGUCACCUCCGUUCCCCGGUUCUUCGGUGAACGAACCAUCAGGAUCAUCAAGCGCCCAGCUCGUGGCGACCAAAAUGAUAUUGCACGCCAAUGUUCCGGGAUCCUUCUCUUUCAACCGACAUCGACGAAGCAGAUGGGUGAUACGAACUGGUGGAGACAAUCGGGGGCCAAGCUUAACUUCAGAAAUGGCGUUCUCUGAGAUAUCUUCCGCGCUGAAAAGGGUGUGGCAUGAGACAUACAAGGAUGAGGAAGAGGAGAAACAAAUGCAGCGGGGAAUGGUCCUGAACCGGGGAUGGGGAGAGAGUCCUGACAGCUCGAUUGAAUUACUGGGGGAUCUAGAGGAGAGUCCAACUCGGGAGAAGGCCGACGACAACGGCACAUCAGAAGCGGUAGGCGGGAUGAGCAAUACCGAGUUGUUUGGGUUCCCCGGAAUGCUGUUUGAGGUGCUGAAGAAUGAUACUGUCAGCUGUCUGACGGUGUUUUGA